AUGGCGCCAACUCUGUACCCCCGUGGUACUGUCAAGAAGAUCGUGAAGGCGCAUUCGAACCGGCAGAUGAGCAAGAAUGUGGAUAUACUGAUCUACCUCAAUUAUGCGUUGUUUAUGCAAGAACUCAUUAACGAAGCGAGUAUCAAAAGCAAACAACGUGGCGGGAGGGCUGUGUCGGCGAGGAGCGUGAAGAGGGUUAGUGAGGAUGUGUUGAGGAAGUACAAGGGUUGA